AUGGGUCUCAUCACCGGCCUCGUCUCAACCGUAGUCCACGCCGCCGCCGGCCGGAACCCCUACAGCCACAACCACAACAACCAAUCCCCCGUCACUACCGUCGAUUCUGCCGCCGGCGCCGGCGGCCCACACGACGGCUACCACACCGGCCCGGACGGCCAACCCUGCGGCAUCUGCAAGGUCGCUCUCCCCUUCGGCAAGGGCCGCGAGGCGAGGCGCGACAGAAGAGCGGCCUUGGAUGAGCGCAGGGCCGUCAUCUACGCCAUGAGGGCGCAGCAGCGGGGCGGCGGUAGAUGGGGACGUCUUGGAUACGAUGCUUCCCCUGGGUUCUUGGCUGCUGGGCCCUACCACCACCAGCAGCAGCAGCAGCAGCAGCAGCGAUACUACAACAACAUGUCCCGCGGUGGACCGUCUGGUGUUCAAGAGGAGGGCGUCGAGGAGUGGCAGCACGAGAGGAGGCGGGCUUCUACCGGCGACAAUGUACCGCCGCCUGCAUACUCCGCUGCGGGGCCUUCUUCGUCUUCUACGGGUAUUGAGGCAAGUCGAAGUGUGGAGGUUUUGGGGAAUGGCGAUGAGAAGCACGGCCAGGAGAAGGCUUAA